AUGUCCAAACACGUCGAUUUUUCCCGUUGGCAUAUAGACAUAGAUGCCUAUAUCAACCCUUACAUUCCUGCGCCCCCGUGGCGAUGGCUCCCUCGACCUAUCUCUCAUUUCCUAGGAUACAGAGGUGACAAACCUCCCAAGAGCCUGGGGAAUCUGGUCAUUGCAUUCUGGUCCCUCAUCGGUGUCUUCUGCGGCGUGCUCGUCGUGGCCGAGGUAUCAGAACACGUUCCUUCUUUUCAGCAUCAUAAUGCGCCAAUCAUCGUGGCUAGUUUUGGCGCCGCCGCAGUCCUCGAAUUCGCCGUCAUAGAAUCCCCCUUCGCACAGCCCCGAAACGCCGUCCUCAGCCAACUCUUCGCCAGCAUCAUCGGCAUCGGCAUCGGAAAGCUCUUCGCCCUAAACCCCAACGCCCACUCCAAACCCCAGCUCGGAGGCGCCCUCUCCUGCGCCAUCACCACCGCCGUCAUGGUCCUCACGAAUACCGUGCAUCCGCCCGCCGGCGCAACCGCCCUCCUCGCCGUCACCGAGGGCUAUCCAAUCGGCUGGUGGCUGAUCCCGAUGAUGCUCCUGGGAUGUGUCAUGAUGCAGGCCGUCGCGCUGGUCGUGAAUAACAUCCACCGACGGUUCCCUGUGUAUUGGUGGACGGUUGUGCCGCUUGGGAGGCCGAGACCGAGGGACCCGGAGGUGGGGGUGCCAGAUAAGCACGAGCCGGAGGACAAGGAGAAGGAGGGUCAUGGGUCGGAGAGUUCGUCGAAUAGCGCGGUCACUGAUACAGAGACGCAGAUGCAGAUCGUCAUUCAGGAGGGUAAGGUCCUGGUGUCGGAUAAUAUGUGGGUUACGGCGGAGGAGAUGGAGGUGUUAGAACGGAUUAGUCGACGGAUACAGUAA